UUUUGAGAAAAGAGUAAGAGGAGCCCAAAGCCGCAUUGGAGUGGAAGAAACAAGAGAGGGACGAAGAAGAAGAAGAAGAAGAAGAAGGAAGAAUGAGCAGCAUAGGAACAGGUUAUGAUCUCUCAGUCACCACUUUCUCUCCCGAUGGCCGCGUUUUCCAGGUUGAAUACGCUUCCAAAGCUGUCGACAACAGUGGGACUGUUGUUGGCAUAAAAUGCAAGGAUGGGAUUGUUAUGGGAGUGGAAAAGCUCAUUGCAUCAAAGAUGAUGCUACCCGGUUCCAAUCGCAGAAUCCACUCCGUUCAUCGCCAUUCCGGCAUGACAGUUGCUGGAUUAGCAGCAGAUGGGAGGCAAGUUGUUGCACGAGCAAAGUCUGAAGCAACAAAUUAUGAAAGUACUUAUGGCGAACCCAUUCCUGUGAAGGAACUUGCUGAACGUGUUGCUAGUUAUGUGCAUCUAUGCACACUUUAUUGGUGGCUCAGACCUUUUGGAUGUGGAGUGAUUCUUGGAGGUUAUGACAGAGAUGGGCCACAGUUAUACAUGAUUGAGCCUUCUGGGAUUUCAUAUAGGUAUUUUGGUGCUGCGAUUGGGAAAGGAAAGCAAGCUGCUAAAACAGAAAUUGAAAAGUUGAAGCUUUCUGAAAUGACUUGCCGCGAAGGGGUUAUUGAAAUAGCCAAGAUUAUUUAUAAGGUGCAUGACGAGGCUAAGGAUAAGGCCUUUGAAUUAGAAAUGAGCUGGGUCUGUGAAGAGUCAAAGCGCCAACAUGAAAAGGUACCAGAAGAGCUUUUAGAGGAAGCCAAGGCUGCAGGCAAGACGGCAUUGGAGGAAAUGGAUGCUGAUUAAUGAAGCAUUUUUCCUAGUUUGUGUGUUUUUUAAUGGCUUAUCGUUGUUAUAAUUGUCUCAUAGAUUCUCCCAAACUCGAAUAGUUGCCAAUUGGUUUGCGUGCCAUUCUUCUUCAUUUUUCUAGUAUUAGUUUUCUCCUUUUAAUUUUUGUUGUUUUGUUUCCUCUGUAAGCCAUAUCUUGGCUGUAUGGUCAUAUGCAGGCUCCUAAAACAGAAUACCAAUGUAUUCAUCGACUUUGAUGCCGUUUACUGACUCUUAAAUACUUCUUUUGCUCUC